GGUUUGGUCCAAACGGCUCCGUACAGCCCGCUGCCUCCAACCCCAUCACGGGACGCGCGUGCGUUUGUUAGCUUGUGCGCGUGCACCCAAAGCUGUCAUCCAUCACCGUAAAAUCACAAUUGUUAACUACCAGCUGAUCAGGGAUCAGUGUGAGUGGCCGAGGGGACACGCGUGUAUGUGCGUGCGUGUGUUGACAUGCUCAUCUGCGCUAGAGGAGCCGCUCUUUGUCCGCGAUGACCACCAGGAGGAUGCUGUUUCUUUUCAAGAGGAGGUGAAUGAGUGAAGAGGUGCACUGGUGGACAGAGGAGGUGCUGUAUAUACACAGAGAGGAGGAGGUGUGGUGUAUCUACAGAGAGGAGGAGGUACGGUGCACACAGAGAGGAGGAGGUGUGGUGUAUCAACAGAGAGGCGGAGGUACGGUGCAUACACAGAGAGGAGGAGGCGCAGUGCAUACACAGAGAGCAGAAGGUGCGGUGUGCAUACAGAGAGGAGGUGCAGUGUAUACACAGAGAGGAGGAGGUGUAGUGUUUACAGAGAGGAAGUGCUUUGCAUACACAGAGAGGAGGAGGUGUGGUGUAUACACAGAGAGGAGGAGGUGCGGUGUAUACACAGAGAAGAGGAGGUGCGGUGUGUAUACAGAGAGGAGGUGCUUUGCAUACACAGAGAGGAGGAGGUGUGGUGUAUACACAGAGAGGAGGAGGUGCGGUGUGUAUACAGAGAGGAGGUGCUUUGUAUACACAGAGAGGAGGAGGUGCGGUGUGUAUACAGAGAGGAGGUGCUUUGCAUACACAGAGAGGAGGAGGUGCGGUGUGUAUACAGAGAGGAGGUGCUUUGCAUACACAGAGAGGAGGAGGUGUGGUGUAUACACAGAGGAGGAGGAGGUGCAGUGUAUAUACAGAUGUCAUGAGAUCAUGUAUCUGAGACUUGUUUGGAGACCAGGAGACCACUACAUGGCCUGGUACAACAUUGAUGGUUUAGAGUCCGAGCCUCAGGUUUGAUUUCCAGACGGAAGCACCAUCACGCAAUAAUGACCGCAACCUUUUAUUUAUUGAUCCCAAAUGACAAACCAAUGGGUCUCUCCUUUUAGGUAUGUGGAAAAGGUGAAGUUCUUCCUUUGAGACGUUAAAAGACCGUAGACCUCUGCCAUUGUUUAGUUGGUCUGUAUCAGGUGUAUUGAUCAGAUGUUAACAGUUGUUUAGUAUUGUUAUUACUAUUGUAAAUUAGAAACACAGAAGUCCGAUGACAUCACCGUCAGUUCUAAUGUCAUCAAAGGUCGAAAGAGAUUCAGACCCACAACUGCUCUCAGAGACACACUGGGGCCCUCAGUUACGUACGUUUGCAAAGGAAGCAUUAUCAGCGCCAUGGAAAACAGGAUACUUCAGUUUACGUUGUAUUUACAAAAUGUGAUGCUGCAGAGUGCAGACUAACGGUUUCAAAUGGUCCUGAUCCAAUAAGUGUAAAGUAGCAGGAGUUCAACACCUGCUGGAAUGGAAUGUGGACGCUGAGUCGGAGAUGCAACGUCAACGUCACGUUUCUUCCAGUAACUGUAAUGUUUCUGCUUCAUCUGUAACGCCGAAAGAUGUUCCCUCAAGUGAAGUGUGACCCUUGUGUUAAAACCCUUUCAGCUCGUCUUUGUCCUCUGCCAUCUCAGCAGGAGGCAUAUGAGAGGAAACCCACAUUCUGGUUUACACCUCCUUUUAGGAGGAGGACAAUUGUCUGUACAUACGGAGGAAUACAUAAUUAGGCACUUUACGAAUCCCCUCCCAUCUCUUUAUGGGAAACUCCCACUUUCCCCUUGACGCUCCUGUGAAUGCAUGACACAGAAAGCGUCAUUUGUCUUUUCAGUUCCAGCAGACAAGAGCAGACAAGAAGAACCACCGUAAGUUCCAAAGGUUUCACCCUAACCAACAACCACAAUUGAGUCUGAAGUUUCGCAAUUCCACAUACAACUGUGAACGCAGCGUAACAUCCAUGCAAUGGGGUCUGCUUCACCCACUCACGUAAUUAUUAGCAAUAUAAACUCAAAAUAUAGAAAUAAUGAAACAGUAACAACGAAACACAAACACAGUACUUUCAACCACACGCAUUUGAAAACAGAUAAUUGGGGGCUCGCUUUUUGAAUUUGGAUGUAUGUAAUGCUUUAAUUGAAGGCACUCUCUCCAGACCUGGAUCUAAUUGUGGGUACAGAGACGGGACCUUUUGGAGCAAUGUGGUAAAAUUGGAAAUACGAAUCAGCUGCAGGUUGAUACUAAUAAAUAAGUGCAUAUGUUGUAUUAAAAAUGUUGAUUCAGACUCACAAUGCCCAUUUUUUUGAUGUUCAAGAUAAAAAUGUCUCUUAUGGGAAAGACUACAACUCCCAGAGGAGUCUGCUGUGUUCAGCCUGGAGGUGAGCACUUCUGUCUGAUGCCGACUGCUUGGGCCCCUCGGAAAUGGAGUUCUUUGUAGAAGAUUUAACUACAACCUCACAUCAGGUUCUCACCACCUUUGUCUUUCCCUCCCAGUUCACCCAAUUAGACUGUUGCUAUCUCUCAAUUCGUCGGGCGAAUCCUACUGGGGACAUAUUCAUUGACCGCAUGCGUCACUUCGGCUGCGACCCGGCUGUCCAGUUCAGUCGGCUCCUUCAGCGCGGUGCAGGGACGCACACCUUCAGGUGGUGAGCUCAGCGGCCAUGUCUAAAGCGACGGUGAAGAAGCUGCACUGGCGCUCCAAGGUGCAGGAGAGCUUUGUCCCGCUGGGCGGUGGCUCCGGGGAGCUGGGGCUGGCCAUCGGGGGCGGGGCCGACUACGGCGAGUUUCCAUUUGUCACUGCGGCCCACGGGGGUGGGGCCAACGUGGGCGACAUCAUUUUAGAGAUCGGAGGGACGCCAGUAUUGGGGAUGACCCUUGGUGAUGUCAGAGGAGUCCUUAACUCCUGCCCCCAUCCAAUCAGAAUCAAGACCGUGUCACCAGGCUCGUCCCUCUGUAAGGACCUCAGGUUGUACCUCAGUAAGUGCUUCACUCCGGGCUCCAUGGACAGUCAGCUGCAGCAACUUAUCAGAGAGAACCUGUACCUACGAGCUGUGCCCUGUACGACCCGGCAGCCUCGGGAUGGGGAGAUCUCUGGCGUGGACUACAACUUUGUGUCCAUCGAGGAGUUCUUCUCUCUGGAAGAGUCGGGCGCUCUCCUGGAGAGCGGAAAGUUCAAAGGGAACUAUUACGGAACGCCUCGCCCCGUCCACAUUGGCCUGGAGUCUCCACCAAUCACGUACCAGGAGCACAGGAACCUGCUAAGGAACUUCAGGACCAGAAGCAAGUCUCUGAGCAACCUGGAGAAAGCUGUCGAGGAAGGAGACAACAGUGAGGAGGACGGUGGCCCGUCAGCAGGUUCGGCUGGAGUCCCGCCCACCAUCAUCUCUCUCAGCCCAUCGUGGGAGUCUGCAGUGGGGAGGGAGGGAGCGGAGAACGGAGCAGGAGGAAGGGGAGUAGGUAGAGGAAGAGGAGGAACUGGAGGAGCAGCAGCAGGUCCACUGCCUGAGAACUGGGAGCUGGCCUUCAGUGAAUCAGGAGAGCCGUAUUACAUCAACCACCACUCAAAGACAACCAGCUGGCUGGAUCCUCGCACUCAGAGCAAAGAGACGACUCCCUUCACAGAACUCCCAGAGUUCACGGAGCAGCCUGGCCUUCUGAAGGGUUACUCCAUCCACACGAGGCUCGCUAAAGGCCCCCGAGGGUUUGGCUUCAACAUCGUUGGGGGGAGUCGACCCAAAGAAUUUUUGCAGGUGUACAGUGUCACACCUGGAGGACCUCCAGCAUUGAAUACAGCCGACAUUCUGGUGUACAUCAACGAGAGCAGUGUGCUGGGUAGCUCCCACAAAGAGGUGGUGGAGAUGCUGAAGGCGGUGCCAAUGGGUCAGAGCGUGGACGUGGUGCUAAGGAGAGGAUACCCAAUGCUCUACAACCCGGACGGUUGUCCCAAGCAGAGCCCGGAGACGCUAAAGACUCCCAGUGAGCCCCCGUAUCCCCCCAACGCUAACCGCCACCUUCCGCCAGGGUUGAGGCAAACCCCGCCCUCCUACGCCCCUCAGCCAAUGACCAACGGGCUGACAGGCCUGAGGACGCCCCCCUCAGGCCCAUUGCCACCUCCUGAGAGGACAGGGCCCAACAAUCCCAAAGACUCCGACGGGGGUCUGUCGAACGAGGGAGCGCGCAGGUCUUCUCUGAUUUGCUACAGCAGCAGCACCCUCCCCACCUUCUCCUCUUCCUCCCUCCUCCUCCACCAGAGCUCCAAGUCUUCAGAGAGUGACCUGUCCACGUCAACGCUCCCCACCUCAUCCUCCACACUCCCCAUCAGUUACUCCUCCCAUGCCCACUCCAAGCCAAACCCCUCUCAACCGGAGACUGGCCUCUACCAAAGUGAUGUUGCUCACAUGCCCACCUCCUCCUCGCCUCCUGGUGCUCCCGUGCCCCAGAACUUCCCCCUCGCCCCGCCCCCUCUAGCAGACCCCCUGACCUGCGGCUUCAAUGGCUGUCCGGCCAACCACCCGUUGCUGCCCACCCCCCCGGCCCCCAGAGGAAACCCUCUAGACCUGGCGCUCCCCCCCCUAGAGGCGGCUCCUCCCGGGGAACUGGUGCCGGUGACACUGGCGCACGGCGAGAGCGGCGGGCUGGGGUUUAGCGUGACGCAGGGGGCAGGGUGGGGGGGUCAGCUGGCGGUGGUGAGGCGGGUCUGGGACCGGAGGCGCUGCCCCUCCCUGCAGACAGGCGACACCAUCGUGAAGGUCAACGGGGCCGACGUGCAGAACCUCGGCGUCUGUCAGGUCCAGAGACUCCUGCAGGAAAACACAAAGAAGGGGGAGGUGGUUCUCCUGGUCUUCAGAGGAGCAGGUUCCGUGUUGUCUCCGGUCGUCACCCCUAACCUCUACAAGCUACUCCCCUCCCCACACAGCCCGGCCGCGCCCACUUCCUCCAAAACCCCAACCUCACCCGACUUGACUCUUCCGAACACCGGUGAUUUAAUGGGGGGCGUCUCCCCCCUCGGCCCGUCUGGUUUGGUACUGGAGUGUUCCAGGGAGGUACCUGCCAUGGGGACCCCCCAAGAAGCCCCGGACGCCCCGGCGUCGACUCUCAUCCAGAGCACUAGCUUUCUGGACUCGGUUCCUGUGACCUUGACCUUAGAGCCGCGAGACCUUCUUGGAGUGGAGGAGGGCGCCGGCCGGCCUCCUCCCACCAGAGAAGGAGCACCGCGUGGAGCACUGGGAGCAAUUGCCAAGGAGGGAAGAGCAGGAGCAACGAGGAUGGUGGAGGUGGAUCUGAGGAGGCGAGCAGGAGAAGGUUUCGGAUUUGUCAUUGCUUCUCAGGAAGCAAGUGAUGCCCCCUCCCUGAUGUCCCACCGCUUCGUUACUGUGCGUCGCGGCAGCCCGGCGGCUCGUAGCGGGCAAAUUCAGCCUGGAGACCAGCUGGAUGCGGUGGAGGGCCGAGGGGUCGGAGGUCUGCAGCACCGAGACCUGGCCCAGAUCCUCAGGAGGGCUGGGAACACCCUGAGAUUGAGCAUCACACCAAGGCACCACUCGUCCUCUCUGUUGGGGGGGGGGGACCUGGACAUCGCCGGCCAGCUGGUGAAAGAAUCCAGAGGGAGAUCAAAGGAAGAGUCCAGGUUCUACAACGUGGAUCUGGAACGAGGUCCCACCGGGUUCGGGUUCUCUCUGCGGGGGGGCAGCGAGUACAACAUGGGGCUCUAUGUCCUAGGACUGAUGGAGGGGGGGCCGGCCCAGCGUAGCAACAAGAUACAGGUGUCAGACCAGCUGGUGGAGAUCAAUGGCGACAGCACAUCGGGGAUGACUCACAGUCAGGCUGUGGAGCAAAUCAGGCGAGGAGGACAACGGAUCCACCUGGUGCUGAAAAAGGGAAAUGGAUACGUGCCUGAUUAUGGCCCUGAGGAAGGAGGACUUCCUAACUCCUCCUCAUCACACGCGGAGGAGAACGAUUCAAUGACAGUAACCACGACAACCGCCUCCCUCUGCAAGCCGCAAGGAGAAGAAGGGAAGAGGAGGACGAAGAGAGGAGUAGUCGCCACACAAAGAACCAGAAAAAAAAGAGAAGAAGGAAGAGGACCUCCUGAUCUGGACUUAGACAUGGUGGAGGAAGAGGCAUGGGGGGUGGAGGAGGAGCGGAGGAGGAGGGGAAGAAGAAAAAUUCACACUGUCAGGCUGAGGGAAAACUGAGACAACCAGGACGAGGGGAGGAAAUAAAGCGGGGACUUACCCAGGAUCAGUGCUCAGUCCCGGGACACGGUGCUGCCGCUGAAGGAGGUGUCCGGAGGAGGGGCAAGCGAGAGGAAGAGGGCAACCAACAGAAACAUGGAGGAGGAGAAGAGGAGAGAGGGGAGAGACAACAGCACCACCCGCCCCCCCCCCCCAUCUCAAAGUAUUCUGGGAGAUUGGGCGUUCUCCUUCCUCAUGCCGAUGUAUGACAACGACAGCAAAUCAACAACCAUCAUCUCAGAGGUCAGCCAAUCAGCUUUUUUAGGCUAUUUGUAAGGGCUUUUUUGAUUGGCCUUCUGAGAGAGGACCGGCAUUGACCUGCACCUCAUUGGAUGUCUACUUGGGAUGAGAAGUAAGCAGACAAGAACUUGAUUUUGAUUGGAACUUUUGAGGCCUCUGAUUGGGCAAUGACAUUUAUGCUUCUCACAUGGCCGUCUAAUUAAUGCCAUCAACUUUAAAAUUGUAUGCAAACAAUGUGAGUGUGUUUCUGACGAAGGUCCCGUCCUCUGUAAUCCGAGCAUGUGAAUAUCACUGGAAUGAUUUUUUAUUUUUAUAAACGCGUAGAGGCUUGAUGACAUUGAUAUUAUUGUUAUUAUAGUUGGAUGAUCCAAUUUGCCUGCUUGACACUUGAUGAUGUAACAGAGCCAUAACACACACUCACACACAGUUCAGGUCCAGCUGUCGUCCUGCUGUCUGUCAAUAACCAUAGCAUGGCCACGGCAACCAGCUGACCCGUCUCUAUAGCAACGGCCGAGGCGAGGCUUGGCACUCGGACCCGGAUCACAACAAGUGCCUCAUUUUGUUUCUAGCCUUUGUCCUACAGAUCGACUUCCUGCGCCCCCCCCCCCCUCCCCACCUUCCCUCCAACACACAGUUUUAUAUAUUGAAUAUGUUUCAUUUAAUAGACUGAAAUGAAAUUUAGCAUGUAAAAACACAUGAGGAAGUAGUUGGUUCAACUCUCAUCCAUCAUUUAUCCAGUUUUUUAAAAACUUUCUGUAUUGCUGUUCUUCUGUCUCUCUCUUUCUUUCUCAGUAUGUCUGUCUUAUUGUCUCUGUCUCUCUGUCUGUAUGCAUGCCUCCUGCGGUUACGCACUCACCAUCGGGCUGCACUUUAGUCCCGCCCCUCAGCCUGUUCCCUACAAAGGGCAUGUUGGAGCUUUCUUCUUCUUCUAUGCAGCUUAUUGAGGCAGCCCGCUGAUGAUCAGGUGGUCUGGACUCGAAAAUUCAGGUUCUGGUCCGAAGAAGACCAGCGAAAAUAGAAAAUGCACAUUGUGAGCAUUAAGAAUUGAAAAUAUACAUUUAAAUGUAGUCUCAUAAUUUCAGCUCAGUUUGGUGUUUGAGUUAUGACAUUCUCACGUGAACUGAUGACAAAAGAUUGUGUUCCGUUCUGUGUUCUGUUAAUAAAAACAACAAGUACAAAUAUCCAGAUAGACAGACACAAAGUCACAGGUCAUUACAGUGUUCCAGCUGCAGUCUGUAGUGUAAAGCAUCACAUGAAGAUUCAUAAAGAUAAUAAAACAUAUUUAAAUGUGCUUCAGUCACAAACUAACUUUAUAUUCAUGAUGAAAAGCAACUUGCAUGUUUCAUAAGAAUCUGCUCUAUGAUGAUGUCAGAGGCUCAGAUGUAUGUGGGUGCUGGCAUCAGUUAUUGUGUUGGAAGUCUUAUUUUGAAAAUCUCAACAGAUGUAUUUUUGCACAGAAAAAAGCAAAAAAACGAAUCAAUGGUGCCCAGUGCCGUUCACGUCCCCGUCUCUGUUACCAUGACAACGCUCCCUAGAGGCAAGCGGAUAACAGCUUUUGUGUAGCUAAGCGACAGGCGGAAGUAGCUCACAGUGACUCGUUUAGAUCUAUUAAAGAUGACAGAAAAUGUAUAAAUGAAUUGCUGUUAUUAUUCUGAGGGUUCAGUUAUGAUCAAUAAAUGGAUUCAUUCAAGUCCUGUUGUGUGGUCAGCCUCACCUGGCCUCCCCAUAAGACUCUUUCCUCCCCUAAACCCUGACCCCUUAGGGACUUAAUUGAGGUCACCUGGUAAGUGGAGUUUCAGAGUCUAUGAGGGCUUUUGAAGGGUGUCAAUUUGAAGGGACAAUACAUGCCACGUCACCAUGACGAUUUAUAAUUGAGGGUAUAUAUGUAAUACUCUCUAAUUUGGAUGUCUUUUAUGCUCGUUCCCCAUAAAAUGUGAGGUGAUUUUAGAUAAUGUUUACGUUUUAUCAAAUUGCUUUUUUUAAUGUUUCAUGAGUAGAUGAAUAAAUAUUGUCUGAUUUUGUA